CACUCACACACUCGCGCCCGUGCAAAGCGCUCAGGCUCGGGAGGCCCGGGGCCCCGCGAUGGGGCACCCGGUGGGCGCUGCGUGCCCGCGCGUUGGCAGUUGGCGACCCCCCUCGUAUCCCCCUGCGCCGCCGGCUCCCGUGGCCUUUGGAGGCUGGGAGUCGGCUCGGAAUGUUUUCCAUAUUUGUUCAGCCUCCGCAGAGGAGGCAGGGGGGCCCCCCGGCCGCGGACGCCGCCGAGCCCGAGGACACGGGGCCGAAGAAGGGCAAGGGGGCCCCCAAGGAGUGCGGGGAGGAGGAGGCCCGGACGUGCUGCGGCUGCCGGUUCCCGCUGCUGCUCGCCCUGCUGCAGCUGGCCCUGGGCAUCGCCGUGACCGUGGUGGGCUUCCUCAUGGCCAGCAUCAGCCCCUCCCUGCUAGUCAGAGACACUCCAUUUUGGGCUGGGAUCAUUGUCUGUUUAGUGGCCUAUCUCGGUUUGUUUAUGCUUUGUGUCUCAUAUCAAGUUGAUGAACGGACAUGUAUCCAGUUUUCUAUGAAGCUGUUGUACUUCCUGCUGAGCGCCGUGGGCCUGACCGUCUGUGUGCUGGCCGUGGCGUUCGCGGCCCACCACUAUUUGCAGCUGUCACAGUUUACCUGCGAGCCCACGCUCGACUCCUGCCACUGCAAACUGCCCUCCUCAGAGCCACUCAGCAGGACCUUUGUUUACCGGGAUGUGACGGACUGUACCAGCGUCACCGGCACUUUCAAACUGUUCUUACUCAUCCAGAUGAUCCUUAACCUGGUCUGCGGCCUCGUGUGCUUGCUGGCCUGCUUUGUGAUGUGGAAACACAGGUACCAGGUCUUCUAUGUGGGUGUCAGGCUGUGUUCCCUGACAGCUUCUGAAGGCCAGCAGCAAAAGGCCUAACUGUCUCCCUCUGAGGUGACAGAGAAAACAGCACACUGACGAGCUGAGAAGAACAAGAAUUUUUUUAGAGAAAAGAGAAAACUUUUGACAGUAAAUACUCUUCGCUGCUCUAAGUGAAUAUUUUUAUAUUUUUUUCACAAAACAAAGAGCAUUUCUUCAGGUUUCUAUUGUAUUUUUAAAAAUUCUUGGGGUCGGGGACAAGAUCCAAAUUGAUUUGUUGGAUAUUAAAAAUUGGAAGAAUACUGAACAGGGAAAGAAUGACACAGAUCUAUCUUUGGAGUGUGGGGUUUAUUGCUAACACUCAUUUUAUCCAUUACUUAUAUAACCUUCUUUCCUGCUUGUCCAGUUCAGUGAUGAGAACCGGCAAUUCUGGCCCACUUACUAGGUUUUGUAGAAUCUUCUACUCCUUCUCACCUCUCAUCAUUAUCUUCACAAUGUCUCCCUGAAAGGCAGCAGCAAGGGAAGAGCUCAGCGUCCAGGGUGAAUGUCUUUAUUGUCCCUGGCAGACAUGGCUGCAGGCCACGAUCACUUUCAAAAGCAGAGUAGAAAAGGAAUAGAUUUUGCAGUAGGCUAAAUCAUCAUGAACACCUGGGCUGGGGCGCCACAUUUGGGGCUCCCUUCGUUGGCUUCUGUUAAGUAGAUCACUUGCUAAAUGCUUGGGGAUGCUUGUCUGAUUCUCCAUAAUUGAAGGUAGUGGUAGCUGUAUUCUUAAUGAUGUAGAAGGUUUAAAAAUAAUUACAUUGUGCUUCUAUUCUAUCUUCUAAAACAAAUCAUUAAAACUAAUUUCUAGCUAAUUGUUAAUUAUAAUUAUGCUCAGAAGUCUAUUUAAUGAGCUCUGGCUGUACUCAGGCAGAGAUGUUGGUGUUAAGAGAAAUUACUCUCACAAGAGAACAUGCCGAAAGAUACUUUUCUCCCACCACCUAGAAGCCAAGCAGCAUAUGAAAAAACAUUUUGUCCCUAAUGCUCAGGUUAAAAGCACUCAUGUAGGGCUGGGGAUAUAGUUCAGUGGCACAAGCGCCUGAAUUGCAAGUGUAAGGUCCUGAGUUCAAUUCCUGGUAACAAAAAAAAAGAAGCAUUCAUUUAAACAAACAAACAAACAGAAAAAGCAUUUGUCAUGGGAAAUGUUUAUACAAACAGCACAUUUGUGAUAUGUUGAAAAGUAUCUCUCUUGGCAACCAUGCACCUUUCAGGGAAAUUGGUAAUGGAGAUGAGUUUUAUUCAUAAAACUGUAUUUGAUAGGCAGCCCUUUUAUUGAUUUAUCUGCAGUCCAACUGUAGACUCAAAGUAAUGUUUUGAUGUCCUUCUUUGAGUAAUAUGUCCAUGGUCUUGGAGGCAGUAGUCUUGUUUUGUUUUUAAUUAACUAAGGCUUAAAGCACACAUAACCUAUCAUGGUGCUAAUGUUAUUAAAUCCUGAAUAAUUUCAGUGUUUUAAGGAAGGAGCUAAAAAUGAAAAUUCAGACAGCAUAAAUGCUAUCAAGAAUUUCGCUAUUAGUACUCUAUGUUGAAAGCAGAAAUUCAAGGGAAGAAUUGAGCUCCUUUUGCCUUGCUACAUUGCCUAUUGAUAAACUUUCCUGAGCAUGAAAUUCCACCCUAAAAGGAAAACUUUUUCUCAUUUGCCUAUGAGGAUACAUGAACAAUUCCAUCAGUUGUGAUAAUGGUGUCAGUGUUGCACAAUAAAAAUACUCAAAUGAAAAGGAAAAUGUUUAGACCGUAACUUGGAGGAUUAUAAAUAUCUUUUAUGUCCUCCAGAUAAGGCAUCUGAUUAACAGAUGUGAAAACCUUUUUUUGUGUUUUAACUCUCUUUAAAAAUGGCCAUGCUAUGCAUUAGCUCAGGCAAGAGAGCAUAUUGGACAACUCGGUGGAUAAAAUUCUAGAGCAGAAUUGAUCGCAAAAAAUAUCAUUGGCCGAGCACCAAGCCUCUUGGAUGCGACCUGGAAAAUCCUUGGUGUUCUGUUAAGAACAAUCCCAAUAAUUGAUUCCACUUUGGUUUUUGAUAAGGUUUCCUAUAUAAAGAAGAAAAUGAUCAAGAAUCUGAAACGUUGUAGGCUUUUACAGAGCAAGAUAACCAUGCUUUAAUGCUAUUUACUAUGAACCCAGGCACCGCUGGAAGCCCAUCCUGAAUACCUUUAUCAACUUUUCUUUAUAGUGAACUCUACAAAAUUUUAUAUUAGAAAAUUAAGAUUCUCCACAUCACUACGGUGCUCUAUGCUUUACAGAUGAUUCACAGGGUAUUUUACGUAGAAGAUUACCUUUAGCGUGUAUGCUUCCUUUUUCUAAAUAAUGCAACCAAAAAGAGCUGAGAUAGUUAAUAGGUUUGAUAAUAAUAUGUAUACUAGUCAGGACACACACAUAUGUAUGCAUACAUAACAGGGAUUUUUAUUAUUGUGUAAUCAAAGCCUUUUAAAUCCCCAAAGAAAAAAAGAACAGAACAGAAAAGAAAGAAGCAAUUCGUCUGCCGCAAGCUCACUGUGUAUUGAUAUGCGUAAGAAUUGUGUUGCAUGAAUAACAAACUGCUUUGGGCUGGACUUGAAGUAUUUUGAUGUUAUGUUUUGCAAAUAUUGAAGUUACAAUAAGGGCAACAGAAAAGGAACAGUUACACAGCUUUACGCUUAGCAAAAUGUUACAUUUAAAACCUGACAAGAAGCCAAGAUGGUGACUGUUUCUUCUAAACCGUAAGACGGUGAGGUUUGCGCAAUCCUCCUCCUCUCCCACCUCCUUCAGGAGAAUUAAAUGAAUCAAGACUUUGGAAAGAAGCGGAACAGCCAGGACUUGGCAGGACUUGAAAUAGGAGGAAUACAGCAGCCUAAAUGUACAGACUUUGUAACCGAGCCCACUCCGUCGGCUUGUGCCUUCACGUGACCACCAUCUGUGCUUCCCUCGCUCCAUCCAAAUUUAUGUAGGCAGCGCCUUGGAACCGUGCCUACGAGUAUAGCUACACCAGAGCCCUGGAAACUGUAGUCAAGUGACAGCCCUAACUUUUUUUUUUCCUUCUUGGAUUAAAAGUGCAGAUGAUUCUUUCUGAGGAGUUUCCAGCUAUAGACAUCAAGUGUGUUGUCCUGACAGCCAGAAUGCAUUAUGGAUGUGUUUUCUGUUCGUGUCCAAGACGUGAGGAUCUUUGCAUAUUCUUGUACUUCCCUUCUUUCAUGCAGUGUAUCUGGAAUACGUUUAUAAAACUUUAGUGAAGGUGGGGACAAAGGGUGUCCAAGGGAGAUUCUGAGGGACAGCUGUGGAGUGGUUACUUUUAACCAUAAUCAGAAACUUAAAAACUGCCCUGCAGAUCCAAUCAUUUGCAAACAUGAAACACACCUUUCUGUGUGCUAGUGAUUGUUACUGAAUUCCUGCUAUGUGGUGAUAUAUGUCUGCAAAUCCACUGACUAUCAGUUUUUACUUUAUUCAAAAGAUUAUCAUGUUUUUAGCUGUCCACUGUCUAUAGAGAUAUGUGAUGGCCGGAUAUAUUGACUCACAGUGGAAACAUUUGUUUGGGUGAAGGCUUAGUGGUUGAGCCUUUGAAAUGAAUACCUUGAUUUGUUUCUUCUGAUUUUCUAGUACUUUAUUAUCGCAAAUGAUUGUUAUUAUCCCCUUCAAAAACGUUGGUCUGUAUUUUGGUGUUGCGGUUUCAUUCUUCUGGCCUUGAUCAAAUAGUGAGUAGAAAAUGAAGUGUUUCUCCAUUCUUGAAGUGGUUGUUUUUAAAGAAGAUGUGUAUACUACAGAUUUUCUUAAUAAAAUUUUCACAGUCUCUGAAAACACGGUGUUGGGAUACGUUUUUAAGUAACUAUGGUACACAUGAACUUGUGCACAUAAAAUCUCUCAGGUGAGAAUUUACUUUAAGAAGACUUCAAAAAUCUGGCUUGGGAAUAGACAAGAAUCAAUGUUAUUUUGACUUCUUUGGCUUUGGGACUCUGUCUUUAUUGCAGAAAUCAAGUUUGUAAUUGCUGCCCAGGCAGAGAGUCUGAGCUGGAAAAAAAAAUCUUUUGAAAGCUACCUGGGAUGCUGAUUCUUAAUUUGUAUCAGUUACUGUCAAAUAAAGUCUUCCUAAA